AGCGCCUUCUCUCUCUGUUGUUUCUGAAAUGAUCGUAAUCAUAGAAAUAUAGGCGCACAAACUCUUUUUUAAUCUGUAUUGAGCGUGUAUUUUCAAACAGCGGCCGGCUUGACCACAGUGGAAAACCUGUAGUUUGGUGAUGCUCUGUUAUAGAGACAUGAUUACUUUCUCUGGGAUUGAUCAUAUGAGUAUGUGUUCAUUGCACUGCCUAUAUUUCAGUAAGAAGACUUCCUGAUCAGCUGACUCGAUGCAGCCGGACGAACAUUGAAAUCGAAAGUAAAGAAUACAAGUGAAAGUAAAAUUGAUCCGCGGACAUUUCACGACCACGAGCUUCCGUCAGCGAAACAUCUAUAUUUGUGCUAAUCUAUAGCUAAAGGACAUGGUCGUUUUGGUUUAAUUUAGCGUUUGAAGAUGCGCCGAACGAGCUGUGUUUUGAUGUCAGUGCUGCUGAUGAUCGCCGAUGGUUUGAUUGUAAAAGGUCCCUCUGGUCCUCUGGUUGCUCCUCUGGGAUCCUCCGUGGUUUUGCCCUGUUCUGUUGAUGAACUUUUAUCAGUGGAGGAUCUGGAGGUGGAAUGGAGAAGAACAGACUCAGAGACUCUGGUUCAUCUGUAUCAGGACGGUGAGAGUCGAGCAGAGGCCCAGCACCAGGAUUAUCAGGAUAGAGCUCAUUUCUUCACUGAUCAGAUUCAACAUGGAAACUUCUCCCUCCGGCUGGACGAUCUGAGAGCUGAAGAUGAGGGACAGUAUAAAUGUAAAGUUCACAGUCAGCAAGAGUCUGGUGAGACUGUGGUUCAAAUAAAAGUUAAUGCUGAGCGUUUGCUAGUAUCAGGAUCGAGUCGCUCCAUAUCUGCGUCUGUGGGUGAAGACGUCACUCUGAACUGCUCUGUAGACUCUCACAUCCCACCUGAAGACUUUGAGGAGGUUUCAUGGAAGAAAACAGAUGAAGAUAUUCAGGUUCUGCUCUACCAAAACAAUGAGGCACAUUCAUCAAAUGAGCGAUACAUAGACAGAGUUGAGCUCUUCACUGCUGAAAUCCCCAAAGGAAACUUCUCUCUCAGACUGAAGAGCAUCAGAACUGAGGAUAAAGGAGUUUACAUGUGUGAGGUGUUUGCUGGAGGACUUUCAGCCAAUGCAACUGUAGUACUGGAGCAACUGGGUGAGGCCAAAGAGGAUGCCUACAGAAAUGGGUACAGAGUCUUGUACAAUCAGGCCAGGAACACACUGAAUAAGGAGAUUAGAGUGUCUAAAAGGACCUACGCUAAAAAGUUGGAAGAUCAGUUCACUUCCAAUGACUCAGCUUCAGUGUGGAAAGUUUCUGCGUCUGGAUCUGCACUCCUGCUCUGCUGUCUGAUCUACUGCAGAUCUCCUACUAAAGACACAGUCUUCCGUCUUCAGAUGUUUCUCGUCUUCUGUCCAAAUGUUCUGAUGUCUCUAGCGUUUGUCCUCUGGGGUGUUUCUGAAGGAUCUCUGUUUGAGUCGGUCUCUUGUUGUGCUCUUUAUUUUCUGAGGCCUCUCAUGUUGCUCUGGACGGCUCCGUAUGUUAAUGAGUUCACAGGCAAGAUUAAAACAUGGGUUCAAAAUUACAGUUCUGACACAGAAUAUAUGGUUUUCUCAGCUGUUUUUUAUUCAGUUCUGUUUAAAUCUGCCUGGGACAAGAGUCUGAAUUAUGGUGGAUUUGAGGGUGUCAUGAUUAUAGUCCUCUUUGUGAUGGUGAUUCUGUUCAACCUCUUCUUUAUUAUUCGAGUUUUGUUGGUGAGAUUGAUUGGUAAAUUAAGUCAGCGGAUCAUAACUAUAUUCGUGGUUCUGGCUAAUAUAAGCUUUAAUGUUCUGCCUUCACUUCAAUUCAUCCUCCUGUUCUUCGCCUUUGGAUCUGGUAGAGGAGAUCUUCCUCGUGUUGUUGCUGUGUAUGUGUUUGGAUCAGUCGGUGUUGUGUUACUGAACUCUGUUGCUCUGAUAACUGAACUGAUCCUGAAAACAGUUAAUGGUGAAGGUGCGAUGGGAGACAUGAGGAUCGUCGUCUUCUCCUCUGAAUUCCUCUUCACUUUCAUUCUGAUGGUUUUAAUGGUAUUUGAACCCUGGAUCACACCAUGUCUGCAGUCUUGUCAGAAGGCAAUAAAGUCUCGUCGAGCUGCAGCCGCUGGAUCACAGCAUCAGGAAUCUCAGAAUGCAGCAGCAGAUUCAGCCAGUGGAUCAAACCAGAACCAGAACCAGAACCCAGCAGAAUCACAUGAGAUGAAAGCUCUGCUGGAAAAACAAAACCAGGAGACCGGCAGGAGUGACGGGGCGGAGGAAACCCAGCCGGAGUCAGUGGUUUCACAAACAUAAUCAACAGUCCCAGAAAAACACUCGUGAGGAGCUUUCCUCUGUGAUUUAAGAGUUCAGUCUCAUUCUUCAUUUGUUAUUGAGGCCGUUAUUUAAUGCACGUUUGCUGUAAAUAUAUGCAGGAUGUUUAACUGCCAUUGCACUUGUUCUUGAUAUGCAUGUAAUAGUGAUUUGCUUUUAUAAUUAACUCUAGCUGUAAACCAACUUCAGCAGUAGAAAUGAGACUGAGACUCCUUCAAGAUCAACGGAGAGAAAUCAGUGUUAGUUUUAACUUUAAACACGUCUGUGGAUUGAUGCUCGAGUCUCGAGAUCACAGUUCAGGAUCAUGAUGUCAGUAAAUGUUCACUUCUGUCACUUACAGCCAUCAGAAACACUGAGACUGAACAUCUGCACCUUCAGAUGGCAGCUCAGAUCCUUCAGAGUAAAACA